CGCGCUGGCCGCCCGGGGGCGCGCACGGGCUAGUCUCUGCCCUAAUGCGGCGGCUGGCAGCGAGAGGUGCUGCAGGGGACGCGAGGGAAGUGGCGGCGCCGGGAGCGGACAUCUGGGACUGCGCCCAGGGCUGGAGCCGGAGCUCCUGGAGGUUGACUGACUUAUGUGCGACUUGGGAGCCUGGAGUUUUCCUGCCCUCUGCCAACGGGAGCAGAGCCUCUGCUGGUGUUUUGAAAAGCAGACCGAAUGAGGCAGAGAAGCUGAGCCCUGUCUGGAAAGCCCACAUAGAGCGGCACAAGGCAUCGAGAGCCCGUGGGCCGGGCAGCGGGGAGCAGGGCCUGGUGCUGAGGAUGGCCAGGCAGCAGGCGCCACCUUGGGUCCACGUAGCCCUCAUCCUCUUCCUCCUCGGCCUCGGAGGGGCCAUUGAGAUUCCGAUGGAUCCAAGCAUUCAGAAUGAGCUGACCCAACCCCCAACUAUCACCAAGCAGUCUGUGAAGGACCACAUUGUGGACCCCCGAGAUAACAUCCUGAUUGAAUGUGAAGCUAAAGGCAACCCCGCCCCCAGUUUUCACUGGACUCGCAACAGCAGAUUCUUCAACAUUGCCAAGGACCCACGGGUGUCCAUGAGGAGGAGGUCUGGGACCUUGGUGAUCGACUUCCGCAGUGGUGGGCGGCCUGAGGAAUACGAAGGGGAGUACCAGUGCUUUGCCCGGAACAAAUUUGGCACUGCGCUUAGCAACCGCAUCCGCCUGCAGGUGUCCAAAUCUCCCCUGUGGCCCAAGGAAAACUUAGACCCUGUCGUGGUUCAAGAGGGUGCCCCCUUGACGCUGCAGUGCAACCCCCCACCUGGCCUCCCAUCCCCCGUCAUCUUCUGGAUGAGCAGCUCCAUGGAGCCCAUCACCCAGGACAAGCGUGUCUCCCAGGGUCAUAACGGGGACCUAUACUUCUCCAACGUUAUGCUGCAGGACAUGCAGACCGACUACAGCUGUAACGCGCGCUUCCACUUCACCCACACCAUUCAGCAGAAGAAUCCCUUCACCCUCAAGGUCCUCACCAACAACCCCUAUAAUGACUCGUCCUUAAGAAACCACCCUGACAUAUAUAGUGCCCGAGGAGUUGCAGAAAGAACGCCCAGCUUCAUGUACCCCCAGGGCACCUCGAGCAGUCAGAUGGUUCUACGCGGCAUGGACCUGCUGCUGGAGUGCAUUGCCUCUGGGGUCCCAACACCAGACAUUGCAUGGUACAAGAAAGGUGGGGACCUCCCAUCUGACAAGGCCAAGUUCGAGAACUUUAACAAGGCUCUGCGCAUCACCAAUGUGUCCGAAGAGGACUCUGGGGAAUAUUUCUGCCUGGCCUCCAACAAGAUGGGCAGCAUCCGGCACACGAUCUCGGUGAGAGUAAAGGCUGCUCCUUACUGGCUGGAUGAGCCCAAGAACCUGAUCCUGGCUCCUGGGGAAGAUGGGAGACUGGUGUGCCGAGCCAAUGGGAACCCGAAGCCGACCGUGCAGUGGAUGGUGAAUGGAGAACCUUUGCAAUCGGCACCACCCAACCCCAACCGCGAGGUGGCCGGAGACACUAUCAUCUUCCGGGACACUCAGAUCAGCAGCAGGGCAGUGUACCAAUGUAACACAUCCAACGAACAUGGCUACCUGCUGGCCAACGCCUUUGUCAGCGUGUUAGAUGUACCCCCUCGGAUGCUGUCUCCCCGGAACCAGCUCAUCAGGGUGAUCCUUUACAACCGGACGCGGCUGGACUGUCCAUUCUUUGGGUCUCCCAUUCCAACACUCCGAUGGUUUAAGAAUGGGCAAGGAAGCAACCUGGAUGGUGGUAACUACCACGUCUAUGAAAACGGCAGUCUCGAAAUCAAGAUGAUUCGCAAAGAGGACCAAGGCAUCUACACCUGCGUGGCCACCAACAUCCUGGGCAAAGCUGAAAAUCAAGUCCGCCUGGAAGUCAAAGACCCCACCAGGAUCUACAGGAUGCCCGAGGACCAGGUGGCCAAGAGGGGCACCACAGUGCAGCUGGAGUGCCGCGUGAAGCAUGACCCCUCCUUGAAGCUCACAGUCUCCUGGCUCAAGGACGAUGAGCCGCUCUACAUUGGAAACAGGAUGAAGAAGGAAGACGACUCCCUGACCAUCUUUGGAGUGGCAGAGCGGGACCAAGGCAGUUACACGUGCAUGGCCAGUACGGAGCUGGACCAGGACCUGGCAAAGGCCUACCUCACUGUUCUAGCUGAUCAGGCCACUCCAACUAACCGUUUGGCUGCCCUGCCCAAAGGGCGGCCAGACCGACCCAGGGACCUGGAGCUCACUGACCUGGCCGAGAGGAGCGUGAGGCUGACCUGGAUCCCGGGAGAUGAUAACAACAGUCCUAUCACAGACUACGUCGUUCAGUUUGAAGAGGACCAGUUCCAACCAGGGGUCUGGCAUGACCACUCCAAGUUCCCAGGCAGCGUCAACUCAGCCGUCCUCCAUCUGUCCCCAUAUGUCAACUACCAAUUCAGAGUCAUUGCUGUCAACGAGGUUGGGAGCAGCCACCCCAGCCUUCCAUCCGAGCGGUACCGAACCAGCGGGGCACCCCCCGAAUCUAAUCCUGGUGAUGUGAAGGGCGAAGGGACAAGAAAGAACAAUAUGGAGAUCACAUGGACGCCUAUGAAUGCUACCUCCGCCUUCGGCCCCAACCUGCGCUACAUUGUCAAAUGGCGACGGAGAGAGACCCGAGAGACUUGGAACAAUGUCACUGUGUGGGGCUCUCGCUAUGUGGUGGGGCAGACACCUGUCUAUGUACCCUAUGAGAUCCGAGUCCAGGCUGAAAAUGACUUUGGGAAAGGCCCCGAGCCUGACACCGUCAUCGGGUAUUCAGGAGAAGACUUACCCAGUGCCCCCAGGCGUUUCAGAGUCCGACAACCCAACCUGGAGACCAUCAACCUGGAGUGGGACCACCCAGAGCACCCCAACGGAAUCCUGAUUGGAUACACUCUCAGAUACGUGCCCUUUAAUGGAACCAAGCUGGGAAAGCAGAUGGUGGAAAACUUCUCUCCCAAUCAGACCAAGUUCUCGGUGCAGAGAGCAGACCCUGUGUCUCGUUACCGCUUCUCCCUCAGUGCCAGGACGCAGGUGGGCUCAGGAGAAGCAGCCACGGAGGAGUCCCCAGCACCUCCAAAUGAAGCUACUCCAACUGCAGCUCCUCCCACGUUGCCCCCGACUACCGUGGGUACCACAGGCCUUGUGAGCAGUACUGAUGCUACUGCCCUUGCUGCCACCAGUGAAGCCACAACAGUUCCCAUCAUCCCAACCGUCGUACCUACUACUGUCGCCACCACCAUUGCCACAACUACUACAACAACCACUGCCGCCGCUGCCACCACCACCACCACCACCACCACCACCACGGAGAGUCCUCCCACUACCACCAUUCACGAAACCGCCCCCGACGAGCAGUCCAUUUGGAACGUCACAGUGCUCCCCAACAGUAAAUGGGCCAACAUCACCUGGAAGCACAAUUUCAGGCCUGGAACUGACUUUGUGGUUGAGUACAUCGACAGCAACCAUACGAAAAAAACUGUCCCUGUUAAGGCCCAGGCCCAGCCUAUACAGCUGACAGACCUCUUUCCCGGGAUGACGUACACGUUGCGGGUGUAUUCCCGGGACAACGAGGGCAUCAGCAGUACCGUCAUCACCUUUAUGACCAGUACAGCUUACACCAACAACCAGGCAGACAUCGCCACCCAGGGCUGGUUCAUCGGGCUCAUGUGUGCCAUUGCCCUUCUGGUGCUGAUCCUGCUCAUCGUCUGCUUCAUCAAGAGGAGUCGCGGUGGCAAGUACCCAGUGCGAGAAAAGAAGGAUGUCCCCUUGGGCCCUGAAGACCCCAAAGAAGAAGAUGGCUCAUUUGACUAUAGUGAUGAGGACAACAAGCCCCUGCAGGGCAGCCAGACAUCUCUGGAUGGCACCAUCAAGCAGCAGGAGAGUGAUGACAGCCUGGUGGACUACGGUGAAGGUGGUGAGGGCCAGUUCAAUGAAGAUGGCUCCUUUAUCGGCCAGUACACUGUCAAAAAGGACAAGGAGGAGACGGAGGGCAAUGAGAGCUCAGAGGCCACGUCGCCAGUCAAUGCCAUCUAUUCCCUGGCCUGACAGAGCAUCCCAGGCACAGCACUACUUUACAAGUAGGAGGGGAGAGGGGAGAUGAAGCAGCUGCAGACCUACCACAAAGCCACAACUACCUUCAGGGACAAGGGUACAACAUGGGGGUCUGCCAAGCUGUGAGAACCCAGCUAUCCACAACCCCCUCCUAGCAAUGCCCCAUUACCCUUGGGUGCCAUUAGAUGGGAAAGCUAGAGCUACGCUCAUUGGAGGGAGCCCUAGUCCCUUGCCCUGUCUCACGGCCACCCUGAGUGUCCCACCACAAUGGCCACCCUUGAUCUCAGCUCACGCUCAUUCGUUUCUAUUGCUUACAAUAUUUUCAUUCUCUCUCUCUCUCUCUCUCUCUCUCUCUCUCUUGCUUUGUGCAUCUUCUCCUUCCAAGUCAUUGUCUCCGUUUUCUUUUACUUUUUACUUUUGGAAAAGAAAAAAAAAGUCCCUGGAAAAAGAAUAAGUGGGCUCUCCCCAAGGAAAUGAAAAGAUGG